GUUACAUGGUGGUAUACCCCUUCACAUUGACUUUACCAGGAACCAACACCAUUGUUGCGAAACAAUAAUAUCAAACAUAGCAGAGAUUCGACCUUUUGGUCACUUAAACAAAAAGAAGAUGCCGUCUUCGAGCGGGUCGUCCGACUUUGUGCGAAAACUCUUCAACAUGUUGGAAGAACCUGAGUACCGACAUAUAUUGCGUUGGAGUGAUACAGGAGAUUCUUUUAUUGUGUUGGAUACAAACGAGUUUACAAAGACGAUAUUACCUCGACAUUUUAAGCACAGCAACUUUGCUAGUUUUGUACGGCAGUUAAAUAAAUAUGACUUUCACAAAGUGCGCAAUGAGGACGGUGCUCCAUCCGUAUAUGGUGAAGGUGCUUGGGAAUUUCGCCAUGACGAUUUUCAGUUGCAUCAUAAAGAUCUUCUUGACAAUAUAAAGCGUAAAGCUCCUUCUAAACGAAAUGCUACGAAUGACGCUGCUACGCCAGCUAUCGAAAACUUUCGACAGCGUGUCGAUGGUAUCCAUGAGUACCAAAAAACCUUGGACACCAAUUUGGCUGGUCUCACAAACAGUUACCAAACUAUUCUUUUAAAAAUGUUUGAGCUAAAGCGAGGGAUUGAAUCGAGAGAUUUACUCAUCGGUAGCCUCAUUUCUUAUUUAUGUGAUUUAGAAAAUACUAACCAACAACAAACUCCAUCUAAUUCCAUGUUUGUGCCUUCCCAUUCGCUACAAAAAUUAAUUGAUGGUUUCCAAUCUAUUACAAAAGGUCAAAACAUCACACCCGUACCGUCCGUGCCCCAUAUUCCUGCAUCUCAACCGAUUACAACACCGUCUUCUGCUUCAAAAAUUGCCCUCGAUUCUACCCUUCCCGGCCAAGGCACCCACAGGUCUAUGUAUGCAACGCCUUCUUCGGACUACGACUUACCUGGCCAGGAGAAGCAGCCGAAUGAGAUGAAUUCUACUACCUCCAUUAAUGCCCCAAUGUCUACGAACGGGCCGCCGCCGAACCUUUCUCACCAACCCGCUUUCUCUGUUUAUGAGAAAUACCCUCCUAUCCCUCAACCAACGGAACCAACUUAUAGUCCUCAUUUAGAACAAAAUGUGUCCUUGUCCAAAUCAUAUUCCCAACUAUCAGCCGAAUCUUUAGCUAAGUCAAACCCCGUAUCGGAUUCAUACUCCUUUAUGACAUCUAAUAUGUCUAUGAAUGGAACUAUUUGGCAAAGACAACCUCGUAUCCUUUUAGUUGAGGACGACGAAGUGUCAAGAAGAAUGACUAUUAACUUCUUGACUUUAUUCGAUUGCCAAAUAGAGGUUGCCGUUGAUGGUAUCAGUGCUGUAAACAAGGCAAAUAGUGGUGGGUAUGAUUUAAUCUUGAUGGACUUUAUACUUCCUCAACUGGAUGGGCUUUCGGUUACAUGCCUUAUCCGCCAAUACGAUCAAAACACUCCGAUCGUUGCUAUUACGUCUAGUAUAUCCAUGGACGAUGCUGUGAAUUACUUUAAUCAUGGCGUUACCGAUCUUUUAGUUAAGCCUUUCACCAAGUCAUCAUUGUUACAAAUUAUGAAAAAGCAAUUAAUGAAUUUGCUACAACAAAGUUCCGCUGUUAGUUUAUCAUCUGGUUCGCCGGGGGACGAUUUGAAAGAUAAUAAUAAGCAACCUGUUUCUUUUUACUUAGAAACCGAUACACCUAUGUUUCCGGCUAGAGUCUUACAAGAUCCUGUUCAGUCCGAUAUUCAUCCUCCUCAAUAAUGCUUCGGGUGUUGUAGGUACUAAACAUAUGUAUAUAUAUACUUAUAUACGCACGUUCUUCGCUUGUAAUAAUUUGCAGUGUUUUCUUUUCUGGUUAUGAUUUUUCUAUAGGUUUUUAUUAUUGAAUAUAGUUUAGAAUUCUAUUUCUUGUUUGCUUUUUUUGGGAGAGAAAAAGAAUAUUAUAAAUAUUAAGGAUUUAAUAGAUUAUACCGUUGCUUUAUGUAUCCUC